AUGACGACACUAAGUCCAGAGGAGAAGAAAACCCUGAUUACCCGUAAUCUUCAAGAAGUCUUGGGUGAAGAUAAACUCAAUACGAUAUUGAAGGAACGCGACUUGAAAAUAUACUGGGGCACAGCCACUACCGGUAAACCCCAUGUAGCCUAUUUUGUGCCGAUGUCAAAGAUUGCCGACUUCUUGAAAGCAGGAUGUGAAGUCACAAUUCUUUUUGCCGAUUUGCAUGCCUACUUGGAUAACAUGAAGGCACCAUGGUCUUUGUUGGAAUUGCGUACAAAGUACUAUGAAGCUGUUAUCAAGGCUAUGUUGUCCUCUAUUGGAGUGCCUUUGGAAAAACUAAAGUUCGUUAAGGGAACCGACUAUCAACUUUCGAAAGAAUAUACCCUUGAUGUGUACAGACUAUCGUCGGUGGUGACUCAACACGAUGCUAAAAAAGCCGGUGCUGAAGUUGUCAAACAAAUCGAAUAUCCAUUGUUGUCGGGUCUCCUUUAUCCCGGUCUUCAGGCUUUGGAUGAAGAAUACCUUAAGGUUGAUGCUCAAUUCGGUGGUGUCGAUCAACGGAAAAUCUUUACAUUCUCAGAAAAAUACUUGCCCCAGUUGGGUUAUGAAAAACGUAUACAUUUCAUGAAUCCUAUGGUACCCGGUUUGGCUGGUGGCAAAAUGUCAUCGUCCGAAGAAGAUUCUAAAAUCGAUUUACUCGAUUCACCCGCUAAUGUUAAGAAGAAGUUGAAGAAGGCUUUCUGUGAACCUGGCAAUAUCACCGACAAUGGUCUGUUGUCAUUUGUGAAACAUGUUUUGUUCUCUUUGUUCAAAGAAGGUGAAGGCUUCGAAAUCAAUCGUUCCGAAGAGAAUGGUGGUGAUAUUACAUUCAAUAAUUAUGCCGACUUGGAGCAAUACUUUGCCGAUAAUAAAUUGCAUCCAGCUGAUCUUAAGGCUACCGUUGAAAAAUAUAUCAACAAAUUGUUGGAACCUAUUCGCAAGGAAUUCGAAUCACCAGAACUUCAGAAAUUGAGUGCUGCCGCAUACCCUCCACCCACUAAAACCAAGGGUGGUAAUGCCGCCAAUGCUGCUGCACCUGAAGAAGAUGGUCCCCAUCGUUUGGACAUUCGUGUGGGUAAAGUUAUUGAAGUUCAACGUCAUCCUGAUGCUGAUACUUUAUAUGUCUUGAAAAUUGAUUUGGCUGAAGAACAACCACGUACCAUCAUCAGUGGCUUAGUUAAAUUUGUUACCGUUGAAGAACUCGAUCAACGUUUGGUAGCUGUCUUGUGUAAUUUGAAGCCUUCCAAAAUGCGUGGUAUCUUGUCUGAGGGCAUGGUUUUGUGUACAUCAAAUGCGGAUCAUACUGUUGUGGAACCCAUCAUUGUCCCAGCCACAGCUGCACCCGGCAGUCGUUUAGCAUUUGAGGGCUUCAGUGGUAAACCUGAUGAACAAUUAAAUCCCAAAAAGAAGGUGUGGGAAAAACUAUCUGUGGACUUUAAAACCAACAAUGACGGUUUAGCUGUAUGGAAGGAUAAUUUCCUUUUGACUCCCGAGGGAGAAAAAUUAUCAAGCAAAUUAGCCAAUUGUUGCAUUAAAUAA